UCAUGCCUGGCGGGCCGGCCCGUCCCCUCUGACCCCGGCCCGUCGCUCCCCCAUCCGGGCUCUCGGCGCCACACGGGGAAGAUGGCGGCGGCGGGGGCGCUCCCUGCCGAGUGGAUAAAGAACUGGGAGAAAUCGGGCAAGAGCGAGUUUUUGCAGUUAUGCCGCAUGCUCAGUGAAAAUAAAAGCCAUGAAAAUGUGACUUUCAGAGAUAUCCAGCAGGCUCUGUAUGAGCUUGCAAAUCACGUUGUCAAGGGAAACCUAAAGCACGAUCAAGCUUCUAAUGUUCUCAGUGAUGUUAUAGAAUUUCGGGAUGACAUGUCCUCCAUCCUUGCUGAUGUAUUCUGCAUAUUGGAUAUCGAAACAAGUUGUUUAGAAGAAAAAAGCAAAAGAGAUCAUUUUACGCAACUGGUGUUAGCCUGUUUGUACCUUGUUUCAGACACCGUCCUAAAGGAGCGUCUGGAUCCGGAAACACUGGAAUCAUUAGGGCUCAUCAAGCAGUCUCAGCAGUUUAAUCAGAAAUCUGUUAAAAUCAAGACAAAACUUUUUUAUAAACAACAGAAAUUUAACUUAUUAAGAGAAGAGAAUGAAGGUUAUGCAAAGCUGAUUGCUGAACUGGGGCAAGAUUUAUCUGGCAAUAUCACUAGUGAUUUAAUCCUAGAAAAUAUCAAAUCUUUAAUAGGAUGUUUUAACUUGGAUCCCAACAGAGUUUUGGAUAUUAUCUUAGAAGUCUAUGAAUGUAGGCCGGAAUAUGAUGAAUUCUUUGUACCUUUGAUAGAAUCAUACAUGUAUAUGUGUGAACCUCAAACUCUGUGUCAUAUCCUUGGGUUCAAAUUCAAAUUCUAUCAGGAACCAAAUGGUGAAACACCUUCCUCUUUAUACAGAGUUGCUGCAGUACUUUUGCAACAUAAUCUUAUAGAUUUGGAAGAUCUUUAUGUACAUCUUCUUCCAGUAGAUAAUGCCAUUCUUGAAGAACACAAACGAGAGAUUGUAGAGGCAAAACAAAUUGUUAGGAAACUUACAAUGGUGGUUUUGUCCUCUGAAAAGACUGAAGAGAAAGAGAAGGAAAAGGACAAGGAAGAGGAAAAAACUGAAAAGCCACCUGACAACCAGAAACUUGGUUUGUUGGAAGCUUUGUUAAAAGUUGGUGAUUGGCAGCAUGCACAAAGUAUUAUGGAUCAAAUGCCUCCAUUUUAUGCCACUUCACACAAGCCUAUUGCCAUUGCCCUUUGCCAGCUUGUACAUGUGACCAUUGAGCCUUUGUACCGCAGAGUUGGAGUACCUAAAGGGGCUAAAGGGUCACCAAUUUCCAAUUUGCAAAAUAAGAAAGCCCCAAAACAAGCAGAAAGUUUUGAAGAUUUGAGGAAGGAAGUGUUCAACAUGCUUUGUUAUCUUGGUCCUCAUCUCUCCCAUGAUCCCAUUUUAUUUGCAAAAGUGGUUCGCUUAGGAAAAGCAUUUAUGAAAGAGGUUGGAACUUCGAAGAAACUGAACAGUGAGGACAGAAUGGUUAAGUUUCAGUCUGAUGGAAAUAAACAAGAGGAUAAAGAGAAAAUGGAGAUUUUGUUUAGCUGUUUGUUAAAUAUUACCGACCAAGUUUUGCUCCCAUCUCUUACUUUAAUGGACUGCAAUGCGUGCAUGUCCGAGGAACUCUGGGGAAUGUUCAAAACUUUUCCAUACCAGUAUCGCUAUCGUCUCUAUGGACAAUGGAAGAAUGAAACAUACAACAGUCACCCACUUCUAGUGAAAGUUAAAGCUCAAACUAUAGACAGAGCCAAAUAUAUCAUGAAGCGUCUAACCAAGGAAAAUGUGAAGCCUUCUGGAAGACAAAUUGGGAAGCUAAGCCAUAGCAAUCCAACAAUUUUAUUUGAUUAUAUUUUGUCACAAAUACAAAAGUAUGAUAAUUUAAUUACACCAGUUGUUGAUUCAUUGAAAUACCUCACUUCACUGAACUAUGACGUCUUGGCAUACUGCAUCAUUGAAGCUCUGGCAAAUCCCGAGAAGGAGAGAAUGAAACACGAUGACACUACAAUUUCUAGCUGGCUGCAGAGUUUAGCUAGUUUUUGUGGUGCAGUUUUCCGAAAAUAUCCGAUUGAACUUGCUGGUCUACUGCAGUAUGUAGCAAACCAACUAAAGGCUGGAAAAAGCUUUGACUUGCUCAUUUUAAAAGAGGUGGUACAAAAAAUGGCUGGAAUAGAAAUAACAGAAGAGAUGACAAUGGAGCAGCUAGAAGCCAUGACUGGUGGAGAACAGCUAAAAGCUGAGGGUGGAUAUUUUGGCCAGAUCAGAAACACUAAAAAAUCUUCUCAGAGAUUAAAAGAUGCAUUGCUUGACCAUGAUCUGGCCCUUCCACUGUGCCUGCUUAUGGCUCAACAGCGAAAUGGUGUGAUCUUUCAGGAGGGAGGGGAGAAACAUUUGAAGCUGGUGGGGAAGCUGUACGAUCAGUGCCAUGAUACUCUGGUACAGUUUGGUGGAUUUUUAGCAUCCAAUCUAAGCACAGAGGAUUACAUUAAGCGAGUGCCUUCUAUUGACGUUCUCUGUAAUGAGUUUCACACACCCCAUGAUGCUGCAUUUUUCCUCUCCAGGCCUAUGUAUGCACAUCAUAUUUCAUCAAAAUAUGAUGAACUUAAAAAAGCUGAGAAGGGAAACAAACAGCAGCACAAAGUUCACAAGUACAUCACGUCAUGCGAGCUAGUGAUGGCUCCUGUUCAUGAUGCUGUGAUCUCCUUGCACCUUCCUAAAGUUUGGGAUGACAUCAGUCCUCAGUUCUAUGCUACAUUUUGGUCUUUGACAAUGUAUGACCUUGCUGUUCCACAUAAUAGCUAUGACAGAGAAGUCAAUAAACUUAAAGUCCAGAUGAAAGCUAUAGAUGACAAUCAGGAAAUGCCUCCAAAUAAAAAGAAAAAAGAAAAAGAACGUUGUACGGCCCUUCAAGACAAGCUUCUUGAAGAGGAGAAAAAGCAGUUGGAGCAUGUGCAGAGGGUUCUACAGAGACUGAAACUGGAAAAGGAUAACUGGCUUCUGGCAAAAUCAACCAAAAAUGAGACUAUCACGAAAUUUCUACAGUUGUGUAUAUUUCCUCGCUGCAUUUUUUCUGCAAUCGAUGCUGUUUAUUGUGCUCACUUCGUAGAACUGGUGCAUCAACAGAAAACGCCCAAUUUUUCUACACUUCUCUGUUAUGAUAGAGUUUUCUCAGAUAUAAUCUAUACAGUAGCAAGUUGCACUGAAAAUGAAGCUAGUAGAUACGGCAGGUUUCUGUGCUGUAUGCUAGAGACUGUUACUAGGUGGCACAGUGAUAGAAACAUAUAUGAAAAGGAAUGUGGCAACUAUCCAGGCUUCCUUACCAUAUUACGGGCAACUGGAUUUGAUGGUGGGAACAAAGCUGAUCAGUUAGAUUAUGAGAACUUUCGACAUGUGGUACACAAAUGGCACUAUAAAUUAACUAAGGCUUCUGUACACUGCCUUGAAACAGGCGAAUAUACACAUAUCAGAAAUAUCCUGAUUGUGCUGACCAAAAUCCUUCCAUGGUAUCCAAAAGUUCUGAACCUGGGUCAGGCCUUGGAAAGAAGAGUACAUAAAAUCUGUCAGGAAGAGAAAGAGAAGAGACCUGAUCUAUAUGCGUUAGCUAUGGGCUAUUCUGGGCAAUUGAAAAGUAGAAAGCCUUACAUGGUACCGGAAAAUGAAUUCCACCACAAAGACCCCCCUGCCAGGAAUGCUGUAGCUGCAACAGUGCAAAAUGGACCAGGUGGUGCUGGGCUGCCUGCAUCACUCACAAUAAAUGCAGCUAAACUGGAAGAAAGCACUGCUGAGGAGACUGACAAACUAAAGGAGAAAACUCAGGGUGCUGUGAAAGUUAUUAAUAAAGCUGCCAAUGCAACACCAAAAGUGACGACAAGCAAUGGAAACAGUGCUUCUAACAGCAAAAUUAUUAAAGAAAAAGAUGAUAAAGAAAAAAGUGGGAAGGAAAAAGAUAAAGAAAAAAAAGAAAAGACUCCGGCUGCCAUUCCAGAGACCAAGGCACUUGGAAAGGAUGGAAAAGAUAAACCAAAGGAAGAACGGGCAAACAAAGAUGAUAAAACAAGAGAGACCAAGGAAAAAACACCAAAAUCUGACAAAGAGAAGGAAAAAGCCAAGAAAGAAGAAAAAACGCCAAAAGAUGAAAAAUCCAAGACAGUUGUUACCAACGCUGAGUCAAAGUUCGCUGCAGAAAAGGAGAGAGAAAAGGAGCCAUCCAGAGAAAGAGAUGUAGCGAAGGAUAUGAAAUCCAAGGAAAAUAUUAAAGGAGGAGAAAAAUUGUCAGUAGCUGGGUCCUUGAAGUCACCUGUUCCCCGAUCAGAAACAUCAGAGUCUGAAAGGGAACAAAAACGUCGCAAAGUUGAUACCCAUUCUUCUCCAUCACAUUCCUCAACAGUAAAGGACAGCCUCAGCGAACUCAAGGACUCUUCAGCAAAGCACUACAUUAACCACACUACUCCCGCACUGUCCAAGAGUAAGGAGAGAGAAGUGGACAAGAAAGAUUUGGACAAGUCCAGGGAAAGAUCCAGAGAGAGAGAGAAGAAAGAUGAAAAGGAUAGGAAAGAUCGAAAAAGGGAUCAUUCAAAUAGUGACCGGGAGGUGCCACAGGACUCAACCAAAAGGCGUAAAGAGGAAAAUGGAACAACUGGUUCUUCAAAACAUAGUAAAAGUGAAAGUCCAUCUGAUUCCCCUCGUUCAAAUGAGAAGGAAAAGGAGAAGAACAAAUCAAAAUCUUCAGGCAAAGAAAAAGGUGAUUCAAUCAAAACUGAAAAGAUGGAGAAAAGUUCCUCUGGUAGCAAAAAGGAGUCUAGACAUGAUAAAGAAAAAACAGAAAAAAAGGAAAAACGGGACAGUGCUGGAGGGAAAGAAGAAAAGAAACAUCAUAAAUCUUCAGACAAGCACAGAUAAUGAAGACUGUUCCAGUCAAGGGUGAGGUUGAAAGUGGAAGAUAUCCAGCUGUGACCAGAAAUGUAUUUUCAAGAGUAUAGAUUGCACAGAAAUUUGUGAAUGAAGAGGACCCAUCUGCAUCUCCUUAAAUUAUUCAGUUCUCUGCUUUAUUUCCCCCAUGCUGAACAUUUAAUUGUUGAGUUGUACAUUACUGUAUUUUAACUUGUUGCUUAGUUUCUCACACAUUUAUUUUCAGUACCUGGCUGAAAGUGUUACCUAUUCCAUAUUUUAGCACAAUGUGCUGCAAACAGUUGCCAUAGUGCAAAUAAGGUUUCAUGUGUACAGAGUUCCUCUUUAGGUUGUCUAAAUACUGCCUGAGUUUAAUGAUUCUUUCAAUCUGAAAUGCAUUCUUUUAGAUGUCUGAAAACCAUAAAUAAACAGUUAUUGAACCAUUUUUGAAUUUACCUCAUUUAAACUCAGUUUUUAUUUAUUACUUAGCCUGUUUUUAAUAUCAGUCACUAAAAACCAAGUGGGAGCACUGUUUUCAUGCAAUGCUUAGGAAUUAUUUGUAUAUUAUGUGUACAACAUUGAGCUGUUUAAAAAAAACAAAAACAAACAAAAAAAAACCCCACCCAAACCUGCAUUCAAUUGUCCCUUGCCACACCUUUGUUUGUCAUGAUGUUUUUAGAUAAAUUGGAAAAUACUCUCUUCAAAAAUGAAAUAAAUUAGGUUUCAAUUCUACAGCUACAGGAGCUUUGUAUCGCUGAACUUUAGUCUGAAAAGUUUCAAAAUGACAUUUUUAAAAAAGAGAAUUUUUUUUAUCUGCUGAAUUCUACCAGUGUAACCUUUUUUCUAAAUAAACAAUAGUUUUCUCAAUGGGUCGUAAA